AAAAAAAAAGAAAGAAAAAAAAAAGAAAGGCAGCGAGGUAAUUAGCAUCCUCUGAUCCCAUUGGCUCUCCUCGGGUCCUGUUUUACAUACGCCCGCCCCGCGGGCUGCCCAGGGUUUUGCGGGGUUUGGCAGGGUUUGCUGCUGCCGCGGUCUCUGCUGCACUUCAGUGCGGGGCGGGCGCCGAGAGAACCCCGUGCGGGGAUCUGGGAACCGGGAGCCCGGAGCCUGGAGCCAGCUGCCAGCGGAGCUGCUGCUGCGGCGGCGGCAUCUGAAGCGAUUUCCGUCUUACGAACACUGAGGCCGGCGCCCGGCGGCUUGUGCACCCAGCCGGGCCCAGGAAGGAGAGGAUCAGAUACUUUUUAUUUUAUUUUGGAAGAAAGGGGCGAGUCUGGGUGUGAGCUUGCCUCCCGGCCUGGCCCGCUCCUCAGCGCGCCCCAGCUCCGGCCCGGGCUCUGGAAGAUGACUCCGGAGUCUGCCCUGUGUAUUCCAGCGGCGGCGGCUCGGGGAGGCAGCGGAAAGUAGUAACACUUGGUAGUAGCGGCUGGUGGAAAAGUGAGCGGAGUCGCGGCGGACUCGGCUCUCCCUGCGCCCCGGCGCCGGCUGCCUCUCGCUGCUCCUUCCUCUCGGUUCUCCGGCGGCCGCAGCAUGAAGUGGCGCAGCGAUGGCAAGGAGAGGUAAGAAGCCCAUAGUCCGAACGCUGGAGGAUCUGACGCUGGACUCGGGUUAUGGUGGAGCGGCGGACUCGGUGCGCUCCUCCAACUUGUCCCUGUGCUGUUCCGACUCGCACCCGGCGUCCCCGUAUGGCGGGAGCUGCUGGCCGCCUCUAGCUGACUCCAUGCACAGCCGGCACAACAGCUUUGACACCGUCAACACUGCCCUGGUGGAAGACUCCGAAGGGCUGGACUGCGCGGGCCAGCACUGCUCGCGGCUGCUGCCGGACCUCGACGAGGUCCCCUGGACCCUCCAGGAGCUGGAGGCGUUGCUGCUGCGCUCCCGGGACCCCCGGGCAGGCCCGGCGGCCCCAGGUGGCCUGCCCAAAGACGCGCUGGCCAAGCUGUCGAUGCUGGUGAGCCGGGCGCUUGUACGCAUCGCCAAAGAGGCGCAGCGCCUGAGCCUGCGCUUCGCUAAGUGCACCAAGUACGAGAUCCAGAGCGCCAUGGAGAUAGUGCUGUCCUGGGGCCUGGCGGCGCACUGCACGGCCGCCGCGCUGGCCGCGCUGUCCCUCUACAACAUGAGCAGUGCCGGCGGCGACCGCCUGGGCCGUGGCAAGUCAGCGCGCUGCGGCCUCACCUUCUCCGUGGGCCGCGUGUACCGCUGGAUGGUGGACAGCCGCGUGGCGCUGCGCAUCCACGAGCACGCCGCCAUCUACCUGACGGCCUGCAUGGAGAGCCUCUUCCGGGACAUCUACGCGCGGGUCGUGGCCUCCGGGUUGCCCCGGAGUUGCAGCGGCCCCAGCUCGGGUUCCAGCUCCGGCCCAGGCCCUGGCUCGGGCCCCAACGCGGCCCCAGCGGCGGAUAAGGAGCGGGAGGCACCCGGAGGGGGAGCGGCGAGCGACCACCACCACCACACGCUGCACGAGGCGCCCAAGUUCACCGUGGAGACGCUGGAGCACACGGUCAACAACGACGCCGAGAUCUGGGGGCUCCUGCAGCCCUACCAGCACCUCAUCUGCGGGAAGAACGCCAGCGGAGUGCUGUGCCUGCCAGACAGCCUGAAUCUGCACAGAGACCCGCAGCGGUCAAACAAGCCGGGAGACCUGCCCAUGUUCAGCCAGUCGGAGCUGAGGACCAUCGAGCAGUCCCUGCUGGCCACCCGCGUGGGCAGCAUCGCAGAACUGAGUGACCUGGUGUCCCGAGCAAUGCAUCACCUGCAGCCCCUCAAUGCCAAGCACCAUGGCAACGGGACUCCCCUGCACCACAAGCAAGGGGCGCUCUACUGGGAGCCUGAGGCCCUGUACACCCUUUGCUAUUUCAUGCACUGCCCGCAAAUGGAGUGGGAAAAUCCCAACGUGGAACCUUCCAAAGUCAACCUCCAGGUGGAAAGGUAA